GCCUCUUCAUCUCUUCCUGAGCUGCUGCCGUGUCCGCUGCUUUCUUUUCCGCAGAGAUAUCACUGCUAGGGUUUUGUUAUCUUCUUUCCCUAAAGCAAUGGCGGACAAGGCAGUCACUAUCCGUACCAGGAAGUUCAUGACUAACCGGCUCCUUUCCAGAAAGCAAUUCAUUAUUGAUGUUCUUCAUCCUGGAAGACCCAAUGUUUCCAAGGCGGAACUGAAGGAGAAGCUAGCAAGCUUGUAUGAGGUGAAGGACCCAAAUGCAAUUUUUGUGUUUAAAUUCAGGACUCAUUUUGGAGGUGGGAAAUCCUCUGGGUUUGGGCUGAUUUAUGAUUCAGUUGAGAAUGCAAAGAAAUAUGAGCCCAAGUACAGACUCAUCAGGAAUGGACUUGACACUAAAGUAGAGAAGUCAAGGAAGCAAAUGAAAGAGAGAAAGAACAGGACCAAGAAGGUCCGUGGCAUAAAGAAGACAAAGGCUAGUGAUGCUGCCAAGGCAGGAAAGAAGAAGUGAUUUUUCAAGGAUUGUACUAUUAUCUAUAUAAUUGCUCAUAUCCAUCAAUUUGAAUUUUUUAACAGUACUGUAGCUUUUAGGUAACUUUGAGUGGAACCUUUUGUUGUCGAUGAGGAUGUUGAUAUCAUCUGAUAUACAAUUUUGAGCACUUUGCAGAGGACAAAUUUUGAAAUAUCUAUUUGCUGCUAUUUUCAUUCA